GAAGUGAUACGCUCUGGGCCCUAAAGUUUGGGGCCAGCCUGCAGCAGCUUUAAAAUAAAGCUGUCCACCCUACGGAGCCCCAAAAACUCCUACCAAAGAGCCGAUUAGGGUUUCCUCUGAACCCUAAUCCCCUCUUUGGCCGCCCCAAAUCGAUACCCCAUCCGAUCUCCGGCGUCCAUGGCAAGGCGGGAGAGCGCCAAGCGCGAGGAGGAGGGGCCGAAGGUCUGCAUCAAUGAGGCCCUCACCGACGACGAGCUCCGGGCGGUGCUGGCGAGGCUGGAGAGAGAGGAGGAGAAGGACACGUUUGGCCUCGUGUGCAAGCGGUGGCUCCGGCUGCAGAGCUCCGAGAGGCGCCGCCUUCGGGCCCGGGCGGGUCCCGCCAUGCUCCGCCGCAUGGCCCACCGCUUCUCCGGCGUCGUCGAGCUCGACCUCUCCCAGUCCGCUUCCCGCUCCUUCUAUCCCGGCGUCACCGAUUCCGAUCUCUCGGUAAUUGCAGCCGGGUUCCGGAUCUUGCGAGUUCUUAAUCUCCAGAAUUGUAAAGGUGUUACUGAUUCUGGGAUGAUAAUUUUGGGAAAUGGCCUUCAAAUGCUCCAGUCCUUGGACAUUUCGCACUGCAGAAAACUUACAGACAAGGGAUUGACAGCUGUUGCACUGGGUUGUUGCAGUUUGAGAAGGUUCCACCUUGCUGGCUGCAAAUCCAUCACAGAUGAUCUAUUGCAAGCUUUAUCCAGGAGCUGCUCUCACCUAGAAGAGCUAGGAUUAGCAGGUUGCAACAACAUAACUGACUCUGGGCUCUCAUUUCUUGCCAAUGGUUGUCGUUAUAUUAAAUAUUUAGAUGUUAGUAAAUGUAGCAAGAUUGGUGAUGUUGGAGUUUCGAGAAUCGCUGAGGUCUCUUCAUCAUCUCUGAAGACCCUAAAGCUGUUGGAUUGCUACAAAGUUGGUGAUAAAUCCAUAUUUUCCUUGGCUAACUCCUGCCAUAACCUCGAGACCUUGGUUAUUGGUGGAUGUCGUGAUGUUUCUGAUGGGUCAAUGAAAUCCUUAGCACUUGCCUGUGCUAACAGCCUGAAAAACUUGCGAAUGGAUUGGUGUUUAAACAUCGCUGACUUAUCCUUGAGCUGCUUGCUGUCAAAUUGUAGAUAUCUCAUGGCUCUUGAUAUCGGGUGCUGUGAUAAAAUAACAGAUUCAGCAUUUCAGGCACUAGGAAUGGGAGGAUUUGAGUCAGAUUUGAAAGUUUUGAAGGCCAGUAACUGCCUGCGGAUCACAGUUACAGGAGUAGGCGCAAUAUUGCAGUACUGCAAGUCCAUGGAGUAUCUUGAUCUACGGUCUUGUCCAAAUGUUACGAGGCUUGGUUGUGAGCAAGCUGGUUUGCAGUUUCCUGAACACUGCAAAACGAACUUUGAGGGCAGCCUAUCAGAGAGUAAUGCUAUGGUUGACAUGUUCUUUGAAGGCAAACCAGAAUAAUUGGAGGCUCCUUGUUGAUGAUUGCACCCUCAGCAACAUCAUGUCAUAAUCAGCAGCCAAUUGUUUGCAACCAAGAUAAAGUACAUUGAUCGGUGCUGUGAAUUGGUGUCAUGUGUGCUUGAUAUCUAUUGCUUGUAAUCUUUGGAUAUCUGUAUCAGCAGAGUUAUGUAAAUAUGUUGAUAUUUUCACUGCUUACUAUUUUUUACGAUGAUCUGUUAGUUAGAGGAUAUCAGACUAAAUGAGAGUGAACUGAGUGACUCUAUCUAACACAUGCAAACAUUUGCAUGUGUGGCUAUGAUAACCUGCUGAUUUUGUUUCUCCUUCUC